AGAUGGUACAGGUACAGAGAAGCAAAUAAGUUCUGAGGAAACAAACAGUGGGACUGGUGAGAGGAAGGGGAGUUACAACAGAGUUACUGUGUCCACUGUUGCGCUAUUUACGCUGGCAAUGGCUGCUGCAACUGGGUUGGGUGCAGUUCCAUUCUUCUUUGUGGAGCUUGAUCCUCAUUGGGCUGGCAUAUGCAACGGAAUGGCUGCUGGUGUGAUGUUGGCUGCAAGUUUUGAUCUCAUACAGGAAGGGCAGGAACAUGGUGCUGGAAAUUGGGUUGUGAUUGGGAUUUUAGCUGGUGGCAUUUUCAUUUUGCUUUGUAAGAAGUUCCUUGAGCAAUAUGGGGAAGUAAGUAUGCUGGACAUAAACGGAGCAGAUGCAACUAAGGUUGUUCUUGUUGUUGGAAUUAUGACUCUUCAUUCAUUUGGGGAGGGCUCUGGUGUUGGAGUUUCCUUUGCUGGCUCAAAAGGUUUUACACAAGGUCUUUUGGUAACUCUUGCUAUAGCUGUGCACAACAUACCAGAGGGAUUAGCUGUGAGUAUGGUGCUUGCCUCUCGAGGUGUGUCUCCACAGAAUGCAAUGCUAUGGAGUGUAAUUACAUCCUUGCCCCAGCCCAUUGUUGCAGUUCCUGCAUUUAUAUGUGCUGAUGCAUUUAACAAGUUCCUGCCUUUCUGCACGGGGUUUGCUGCUGGAUGCAUGAUAUGGAUGGUUGUUGCCGAGGUUCUUCCUGAUGCAUUUAAGGAAGCAUCACCAUCUCCAGUGGCAUCAGCAGCUACACUUUCUGUGGCAUUUAUGGAAGCACUCAGUGUUAUGUUUCAAAGCUUCACACAUGAGUACAAGUGAGUUGUCUUGGAACUAUAGGUUGUUCAGAAGAAUCCAUGGCCACAUCUUACAUUAUUUACAUUAGUAAAGGCAAUCACUCUGGUGGUUUCUUUCACUCAUUUUUUGGUGGGUACAUGGGGAAGUUUUAUUGCACCUAACUAUUGCAGAGCAUUGAGUCUGUCUUCGACCUCAGAUGUCAGAU